GGACGCUACUGUCGGACGCAGUUUGCUUCUGAGUACCUUGGGAAUGUGGAUCCCUGACUCCAGGAACCGCGGUUGAGCCAGCCUCGGCGGUCCUGAACCACUUGCCGAGUGAGGAGCAGGUUCUCGUGGACGCGUCCGAAGCCAACUAGCCGCGUCCGAGCAGGUCAGGAGCCAGCUAGGUCUGCCUGGACUUAUGGCGACAAAGACCCUUCAAGACCAAUGAUCAGCGGAUGACCAGGAGCUUCUAUUGAACAGGACCUCAGGUGUCCCCAUCACCAGUGACCACAGCUAAGCUCUGGAAUGUACUCAGAAUGAUGGAUAACAAGGAUUUAGAAGCUGAGAUCCACCCCUUGAAGAAUGAGGACAGAAAAUCACAGGAAAACCUGGGGAAACAAUCAAAAACUGAAGAGAACGUGAAGAGCAAGCCUCUGCAGUCCCGACUAUCCCGAUGCCGCACAGUGGCAUUUUUCCUUUCCUUGUUUAUCUGUCUCAUUGUGGUGUUUGUCGUCUCUUUCAUCAUCCCAUGUCCAGACCGUCCUUCGUCUCAGGGAAUGUGGAGGCUUGACUACAAUGCUGCAGUCCCGUAUGACUUUCUGGCUAUGGGAGAUGUAAACAGGGACAAGAUCCAGGACGUUCUCUUUCUUUAUAAAAACACCAAUAGCAGUGAUAAUUUCACCAGAUCCUGUGCUGAUGAAGGUUUUUCCACUCCCUGUGCCUUUGUGGCUGCUGUGUCAGGUGCCAAUGGCAGCGUGCUCUGGGAGAGGCCUGUGGCCCAAGAUGUUGCCCUUGUAAAGUGUGCCGUGCCACAACCGUCAGACAGUGAAGUGUCUUCUGCCUGUAUCCUUGUGGGAAGACUAGGUUCUUUCAUCGCAGUCAACUUAUUCACAGGGGAAACCCUGUGGAGCCACUCCAGCAGUUUGGGUGGGAACGCUUCCAUCUUGAGCCCCCUGCUCCAGGUGCCUGACGUCGAUGGUGAUGGUGCCCCAGACCUACUGAUCCUCGCCCGGGAGGGACAGGAGGUCAUUGGGGCUAUCUAUUCAGGCGGCACCGGGUACCAGAUUGGCCACAGGGGCAGUCUGGGUGUGGAUGGAAAAGGUGGCGCCCUCCUCCAUGUGACCAGAACGGGUGCUCACUAUAUUCUUCUGCCCUGUGCAAGGGCACUCUGUGGCGUCUCUGUGAAGGGUCUCUACGAGAGAGUUACUGGGAGAGAUGGCCAGUUUAAAGAAGACUCCUACUGGGAGAACAUGCUCAAUAGCUCUGCCCACCGGAUGCUUCUGCACAGCUCUGGAGCAGUUCGAUACCUGAUGAAUGUCCCAGGGAAAGCUGGCCAAGACGUGCUCCUUGUGAGCUCUGAGGCCUGUAUGUUGCUGGAUGGACAAGAUCUGAUGCCCAGGUGGACCCUUGGUGCAACUCAGGUUCUGAGAAAACCCAUCCUUGGUCACUACAAACCAGACACCGUGGCUGUAGUAAUUGAAAAUGGAACCAGCAUUGAUAGACAGAUCCUACUUCUGGACCUCAGCACUGGGUCUGUGUUGUGGAGCCAGCCCCUCCCAAGCCUGCCUGGAGGCCCACCAUCUACAAGCCUGAUGACUGCAGACCACCGCUCUGCCUUCUUCUUCUGGGGCCUCCAUGAGCUUAUCGGCACCAAUAAGAUGGAUCCCCGAGACAUGCAGCAUAGCUUGUACAUGUUCCACCCCACCCUGCCUGGCAUCCUGCUGGAACUGGCCAAUGUUUCUGCCAACAUCGUGGCCUUUGAUGCGAUCCUGUUUGAGCCAAGCCGCCAUGCUGCCUAUGUGCUCCUGACGGGCCCAGCGAGUGCAGACAUGCCUGGCCUGGUCUCUGUGACCAAACACAAAGUGCGAGACCUUGUCCCAGGCAGUAGAGUGGUCCACCUGGGUGAAGGCAGCUCAGACAGCGACCAGGCCAUCCGGGACCGGUUCUCCCGACUACGGUACCGGAGCGAUGUUUAGGUGGUGGCGGCUGGAGCACAUGGAGAGACUCCAACUGUGACAACAAAACCUGAAAAGUUGGCCUACCCUCAGCCUCCAUGCUGACCUCAUUGCUUGCCCUGGUGAUUCUGGGCCUCUGGAAUCUAUGGCCUUACCAGCUAUACCCAAGGAUGUUGGGGGCCACCUCCAGUCUCCUGCCUAGAUCAUGUAUUCCCUUAAAGUCUCACUGUGCGUCCAUGUGAUCUGGUCAAGGCCAGUAGGUCUCCCUGGGCAGUAUGGACAGAGCCAGCCCUUCAGGAAGCCCCUUAGUGCCUCCUUACCCUCUCACUCUCCACUGGAAAAGCCACUGCUGUGGGGUAUGCUGCUCCUAGGUAGGCCCUGCCUGUGAUGUCUGCUCUUCUCCUUCCAGCCUGGCUCUUCCCUUAUGUGCACUGUCUCUCAGGAGUCCUACAGCUCAGUGGGUAGUGGGCCCUGGGGAACUUCAGGGCUGCAGCUGGGACCUGAAGCUCUGAAGCUGUUUUCCCAAAACAGAAGAGACAAUGUCUUCUGGAAAGAGUGAGAGUUUUACCAGCAGAAAGAGGCCUGUACUGGAACCUAUGGGUGCAUUGAAGGACCUAUAGAAUACACAUUGAGCCUGUCUCUUCCCUUAGUACACUGGACCUGCUGUCUGCACAGAUGUUCUUGCACCCCUGAGCACAGCAGGCAUGUCCCUUUUCCUAUUCUCUGGUGCUUACCUGAUGCAGGUCUCACCGUGUGCCUUGUUGCUCCUGAGGCCCAAGGGCAACAGAGUAGCUCUGCCCAAACCAGAUUCCUAGCUCUGUAGCCAAAGCAGUCCCAUGACCCUAGCCACCAUGGAAAACAACAUAAUAAAUGAUUUGCACUGAUUGGGAAAAGCCCCAGGA